GAAAUAAAAACGUUGAAAGUUUCAGAAACAGCCUCCUCGAAAAAGCACGAAACAACAUGAAUAGAAGAAAAGUAAACAAGGCCAACAACAAAAGUGGGAACAUUAAAAUCCAAAAGUAACCUCAUCCCAUCCUCUCUUCCAGCCCCAAACGUGCCACUGUCAAUAAUUUUGUUCUGUUUCCAUUUUCUACCUUCAAUACUCAUUCAACUCACGAACACUCUCUAUCAGUUUCAUCUUCUUCUCACACACACACGCAAGAAGUUAAAUACCCAGUCUCACUCUUACCCUACACGUGCAACUACAACGACAAUUUCAACCACAACACAAUCUCACAUGCUAUGUUAUGCUUCUUAUUAUAUUCCUGAUUCCUAUGUCCUAACCAAAACACUAUCAACAACAACAGCUUCAUAAGUUAAAAAACAGUCAUGGGUGGCAAUGGAAAACACAGGUGGAAAAUUUCCUUCCAUCGUUCUUCUUCUCAAUCCAAACAACAACCUCCUAAAGAGUUUCUAUGUCCCAUUACCGGUUCAUUAAUGUCCGACCCGGUCGUAGUCUCUUCGGGUCAAACGUUCGAACGUCUCUCCGUUCAAGUCUGUACCGAUUUAAACUUCACUCCAGUCCUGCAAAACGGAACCCGACCCGAUUUCUCAACAGUCAUCACCAAUCUCGCCAUCAAAACUACCAUCAUAAACUGGUGCGAUAAAACCCGUACUGUACACCCACCCGCGCCAGAUUACUCCACCGUGGAGAAUAUUGUUAGGGAAAAAAUGACGGCAGCGACGGCGGAGAAAGAGGAUCUUAUUAGGGUUUCUGAAAAGGAACUGUUAAACGCGGUGGCGGAGAAUCCUCCGGUGAUAUUCUCACACGCCGUGACGGAGUUAGGUACACGUGGCAACCAUUUCAACUCGGGAUCUUCUUCAGAAGAAUCGGUUAUCAUCGCAGCGAGUCCUGGAACGCCUUUACCUUUCACUCUUCGUCCAACGUGUUUCUCACCUUCUUCAUCUUCAUCGUUUGAGAUCGAAGUUCAAAACCCUAACGUUCCUGUUUCGGAAGAAGAAGAAACUUUACUGAAGAAGCUGAAGAGUAAAGAGGUUUUUGAACAAGAACAAGGUUUAGUUUCGCUUAGGAGUAUUACGAGGAACAGAGAAGAAGCUAGGGUUUCGUUAUGCACGCCGCGGAUUUUAUCGUCGAUUCGUUCGUUGAUUGAUUCGCGUUACGUUGUUGUUCAGGUCAACGCUGUUGCUUCGUUGGUCAACCUUUCGUUGGAGAAAUCGAACAAGAUGAGAAUUGUGCGGUCAGGAUUUGUUCCUUUUCUGAUUGAUGUGUUGAAAGGGGGGUUCAGUGAAUCGCAGGAACAUGCUGCGGGUGCGUUGUUUAGUUUGGCUUUGGAUGAUGAUAAUAAGAUGGCAAUUGGUGUUCUUGGUGCUUUGCAGCCGUUGAUGCACGCGCUGAGGUCGGAGUCUGAGCGAACGAGGCAUGAUUCAGCGCUUGCGCUGUAUCAUUUAACGCUGGUUCAGAGUAAUAGAGUUAAGAUGGUUAAACUUGGGGUGGUUCCGACGUUGCUUUCGAUGGUGAUGACCGGGACAAUGGCGAGUAGGGUUUUGUUGAUUUUGUGUAAUCUGGCAAUGUGUGUGGAGGGAAGGACUGCAAUGCUGGAUGCCAAUGCAGUGGAUUGUUUGGUGAGUUUGUUGAGGGGGAGUGAGCUGGACUCCGAGGCGACAAGGGAGAAUUGUGUGGCGGCGUUGUAUGCAUUGAGUCAUGGGAGUUUGAGAUUUAAAGGGUUGGCGAAGGAAGCGAAUGCUGUGGAGGUUUUGAGGGUGAUUGAGGAGACAGGGACAGAUAGGGCAAGGGAGAAGGCUAAAAGGGUGUUGGAGAAGAUGAGGGGUUUUGGAGAUGGUGAUGAUGAAGAUGGUUCUGAGUUUGAUAGUCUUUUUGAAUCGAGUGGGUUGACUCGAACGAGGUAUCGGGUUGCAGGAGGUAGGAACAAUAACCUUGUCAACUCAACUACAUUUUAGGUUUCUCAUUUGGAUUUCCCCAUUUAUUUUUUCAAUAGUUUAAAUUUGCUGGUUUAGGGUCUGUAGGAAAAUGAAUGCAUUGUUAUUUGAUGAAAUGAAAUGUGUAAUUAGAAAGGGGAUUGAAGAGGAGGAUAGUUCUGAAAUGUGAACUAGUUUAUUGGUGUUGUAAAUCAUGGAAGUGGCCAUUUCAAGCUUUCUAUUCUGCUAGCUUAUGUGGAUCAAUUUAGUCUAUAAUCAGGGUUUAGGACUUAAGUGAAUGGUUGUUUGUAACCUAUUUGUGUGUACAUAUAAUUAUACUGCAUUAUUUACUCUUGGUUCACAAAAAAAAAAAAAACACAGCAAUGUGUAGGCUAUGAUUGGUGACUUCGUGUUUGUGUCUUGGUUCCUUUGUUAUACUGAAGGAAUAACAGUUUACUUUGUUAA